UAUCUGUUACGUCAUCAGCAUGGGACAGAAACGGGUGAAAGGUACUUUGCUGCUUUGGUUCGGGAGCAGACCGAUGGCUCUAUGAAGUAGGGAGGUUUCUGCUAAUAGAAUGAUGAACAUGAACAGAUUAAUCGUCUUCUCUCGAACCUUUCGCAUUGGACAGCGGUUGCUUGGCUGUCACGCGAGGCAUGCUGGGAAAGAAGAGCUGAGACUACAGCAGCGGAGGAGCAUUAAAACUCACUCCAGACACCUGGCGUAUGCGAAGGAUCUGUUCCUCGGUCAAGUGAACAAGGCUGAGGUCUUUCCUUAUCCGGAAAUUGGAAAUGAUGAGUUGGAGGAGAUAAAGCAGCUCGUUGCACCAGUAGAGAAAUUCUUCAGUGAUGAUGUUGACUCAGCAAAAAUUGACCGAGAGGCCACAAUCCCCCCGGAGACUCUGCAGGGGUUGAAGGAUCUUGGGCUGUUUGGAAUCAUGAUUCCUGAAGAAUACGGGGGUCUUGGAUUAUCCAACACCAUUUAUGCACGACUGAAUGAGAUCAUCGCCUUAGACGGCUCCAUCGCCGUCACACUGGCUGCUCAUCAAGCCAUUGGACUGAAGGGGAUCCUGAUAGCAGGCAAUGAAGCCCAGAAGCAAAAGUAUCUGCCCAAGCUGGCCUCAGGGGAGCACAUUGCAGCUUUCUGUCUGACAGAGCCUGGAAGUGGCAGUGACGCAGCCUCCAUUCAGACCCGUGCAAUCCUCUCUGAAGAUGGAAAACAUUACCUGAUCAACGGCUCCAAGAUCUGGAUUUCAAACGGAGGCAUGGCGGACAUCAUGACCGUGUUCGCCAGGACUGAGGUGGAAGUAGAUGGUGUGAAGAAAGACAAGAUAUCUGCAUUCAUCGUGGAGAGAGCUUUUGGAGGGAUCACCAACGGCAAGCCUGAGGACAAACUGGGCAUCAGGGGAUCCAACACCUGUGAGCUGUCCUUCGAUAAUGUCCCAGUACCAGUAGAGAACGUGAUCGGAGAAAUUGGAGGUGGAUUUAAGAUCGCCAUGAACAUCCUGAACUCGGGGAGGUUCAGUAUGGGCAGUUCCUGUGCUGGAAUGAUUAAAAAGCUGAUCGAGCUGACAUCUGAGUAUGCCACUACCAGGAAGCAGUUUAACAAAAGCCUGAGUGAGUUUGGUAUGAUCCAGGAGAAGUUUGCAAUGAUGGCCCUCAAUGCCUUUGUGAUGGAGAGCAUGGCAUACCUGACAGCAGGGAUGAUGGACAGACCGGGCAUUCCAGACUGUUCUCUGGAGGCAGCCAUGGUCAAGGUGUUCAGCUCGGAGGGAGGAUGGAUUUGUGUGAGCGAGGCUCUUCAGGUGCUCGGAGGUCUGGGUUAUACUAAGAACUAUCCCUUUGAGCGCUUCGUCAGGGACUGCCGCAUCCUGCCCAUCUUUGAGGGUACCAAUGAAAUCCUGAGGAUGUACAUCGCUCUCACUGGAAUGCAGUAUGCUGGCAAAAUCCUCACAGGGAAAAUAAAGGAAAUGAAGAAAGGAAAUAUAGGUCUUGUGAUAGGCAUGGUCAGCAAGAAACUGAGGGCCUCGCUUGGAGCUUCAGUAGACCUGGGCCUGACGGGGAAAGAUGGAGUGGUGCAUCCCAGCUUGGAAGACAGUGCAAAGAAGCUGGAGCAGAACGUCAGCCUGUUUGGGUCGACUGUGGAGAGCCUGCUCUACAGAUAUGGAAAGACCAUAGUGGAUGAACAGCUCGUCCUGAAGAGGGUGGCAGACGUGCUGAUCCACAUAUACGCUAUGACAGCCGUCCUGUCCAGAGCGAGCCGCUCCAUUAGCAUCGGCCUCAGGAAUCACGACCACGAGGUGCUGCUUGCAAACACAUUCUGCAACGAUGCCUUCUUUAAGAACAAUUACUGGAUGGUUCAGCUGCAAAAACACUCUCCUGAGAACAACGAUGCCAACAUCAAGAAGAUUGCCAAACAGGUCCUGGAGAACAGAGCAUACAUCUGCUCUCACCCUCUCGAAAGAACUUACUGAGCUUUCCGCUGUGACAUAAUACUGUUUCCUGUAUUCUGAUUGGACUAUUUGGACCAGUCCCAAUGAUGCGUCUCCACUCUUGUAUUAGUUUUUACAUUCAAUUAAAACAUGAAGAGAUUAAUAUUUAGCUGUUUUAUAUUAAUAAUAACUUCAGUGGAUCAGACUUCUACUCUGAUGGCAUUACAUGAAACUCAAUCCUAAGUGCUCUUUAACUUUAAUGCUAUAAUGAAUAAUUUUGCAGUAUACUAGUUUAAAUGAGCCUGUUUGGUACAUCAGGUUUUCCUGAAUGGCUGACCUUUACUGUUGUUUAAUGCUACUUUUGAAACCUGAAGAUGCUCCUCUCCCUGUCUGUCAGAGGCAGGGCAGUCCGCUUGUACAGAAAUGAAUGCUGCUCACAGAAUCCACUGUAAGAGGCAACAGAACAAAGCAUAUAUUACUUCAGAAAUCUUUCUUUCAUUUCUCCAGCAUCUGCCUUCUCAAACUGCACUUGAGCUCACUUGUAGUGGUACUUGCUGUACUGAGAGUUGUGUCUGGGAAAGGCGUUUCUUCCCAGGCUGCAGGCCAUGCAUGGGCCUGGAGCCAGAGGCACUCUCUCCCGUUCCUCUGCUUUGUCGUCAGCAGCGUUCAUCACGGACAGUUGAGGAAAAGGCUGUGACACAAAAUGCAGCUGUUGGCUCAAAGGUUACCUCAGUUAGGUGCAAGCAGAGCAGAGCCACGACGAUAAAAGAAAAACAAAUACAAGAUGUAAACUAAAGCAUGUGUGGGGUAAAAGGCCUUUAAGGUUGCAUUUUUGUUAACACUUUUGUGAACUUAAUAAAGCUGUAGCUGGAAAAAAAA